GGCCAUUGAUUCGCCUACGAUCAAAGUUGGUCUGAGCCAUGUUUACAAGCAAGCCUAUAAAAGGAAGCAGGUACUUUUGUGAUCCCUAACACUUGGUUACGUAACACAGACCAUGAAGGUUUCCUUCUCUCUUGCCAACUCCAAGGCGAAAGCUGGAAAGUCUGUUGGCGAAGCCCCUCCUCUCAAACGACCUGCUGCGUUUGCUUCAUUAGGCGAUGAUGAACCACUGGAUGCGGCCCCCACACUGUCCGGCAAGGACAAGAAGGUACCAGCUGCGAAACAGGUAGUUGCUCAGAAUGUGGAGAUGUCGAAGGCACUGAAGCGGAAGCUGGAUGAGGAGAAGAGAGUGGAUGCUACGCUAUUCGAAUACGAUGAAGUCUGGGAUAAGAUGCAGGAAGUAAAGCAGCGGCAGAAGGAGGCAAAGGAGAUCGACUCGAAGGAGCGAAAGCCCAAAUACAUCGGCAACCUCUUGUCCACCGCCGCUACCCGCAGAUUGGAUCAUCUUCGAGCGGAAGAGAAAAUGAUUCAGCGAGAACGAGAACUUGAAGGCGACGAGUUCAUAGACAAGGAAGCUUUCGUAACUCAGGCUUACAAAGAUCAAAUGGUCGAAGUACGAAGAGCAGAAGAGGAGGAAAAGAGACGAGACGGUGUGUAUUCUGUCAUGUCUUCUUGUUCCAUUCAUAGACUAAUUUAUGUAACAGAAUUGGAGAAGAAGAAGAACAAGGGACUCGGGACGGGAAUGGCGCAUUUCUAUCGCAAACUGCUCGAGGAGACUGAACAGCAACACGAACAGACUAUUGCAGCCGUUGCUUCAACAUCCACUAUCAAGGGGCCUCAGGGACCCUCCCCCAACCUGACUAUCACGAAACCACCAGAGUUUAAGGCCCAGUCGGACUUGGAGCUCGCCAAACUCGCUCGAGAACAAGGCAAAGAAGUCGAACUCAAUGAGGAGAAUCAAAUUGUUGACAAGAGGGAACUGCUAUCCGCUGGACUCAACCUAGCAGCACCGAACACCAGGCGCCUUGGAUUGCAGAUUUCGAAGAGCCAUUCCGAGGAGACCGUACAUGUUCAUCGAGCUGUCGGUACUGCUGCAAGUCGGCGGGAGAUCAACGAGCGUCGUGCCAGGGAAGUUGCAAGGCAGAUGGAAGAGGAACGGGAGCGACUUAAGGAGAGGGAUCAACGGGAGCAGGAGAGCAUCAAUCGGGUCGUUACGAAGCGUAAUACCGAGGAGGCCGUUCUAAGUGCGAAGGAGCGUUAUUUGGCAAGAAAGAGGCGGAAGCUCGAAGAGGCAGAUGCGUCGGGGGAUGCUGGUGAGCCAUCCAAACUGGACUAGGAAUUAUUGUAUGUAUUCGGUCUUCCCUGUAUUUCUAUUCCUCUACACAUAUAAUAUACCAUAUACCAAUGUAC